AUGGACAAUCUUCCUGACGGGGUCUCUGCUCCAGAGCUUACUACAUUGUCAUACGAUGAAUCCGUUCCCUACGAAUCACAAGUUCCUACUCAUUCAUCCAGUGAUCCAGAGCGAGCUACAUUGCUCAACCGCAUAGGGAACACCAAAGUGUACCUUCUCUCUGACACUGCCCAGGCAAGAAUUGCCAAGCGCAAGCGCACAGAAGGGGAGGACGAUGAUGAUGACAUAGAUAUGGAAGAAGAAACAACGUCAAGUCUAAGAGCAAAUGCUCUGCUGCUCACCGGUACCCCCAUUUCCCACCUGCCCACCGCUCGCAUCUUUGCAUAUGUUACCCAUUUCGAUACGCACCCCAUAGGCCUUGAAUGGCUCGACGACAAUAGUUGCAUCCUCGUUUAUGAAUCAACCGCGUCUGCACGUACUGCACAUCGGUACCUCCAAAAAUCUGCCACAGAGGAUAUGGAUGCAGACGGCUUCGUCACGGCAAAACCCAUUCCAAUUACCUUAUGGCCUCCAGAAGAGCGAAUAACCAAGAGUCUGGGUAAAGGUCAAGGACUGAAAGGUAUCAUACGCAUGCGUUGGGCCAAGGAUGAUGAUGUAAAGAAGAAGGGCGCAAAAAGGGAAAGCAAAUUCUAUAAGAAGUAUGGAGAAACCGCCGGGAAAGAGGAUGAGGGAGGGGAAGCAUUGCAGAAAAGAAGAAGAAGAGAUGAUUCAACUGUGCGAAGCCAGUUGGAUGAUGACCUUGAUGCGUUUCUUGGAGUGGACAAACCCUCCAAAAUGCGUUCCGACUACGUGGGCGGGUCACGCAAAACCGCGGAGCGCAUGUCUUCUGCGACCAAUUCUUCAGACCUAAGAAAUCGCAUUUCUGCGCCGUUGCCGCGCCGCACGAGGGGCCAGCUUGCGUACCAGCCAACUGAUCCGCCGAUCGAUUCUGAAGAGGACUGGCACAGAGCCAGAGGUCGAGGGAGAAGAAUUCCACGCCCACAAAAAACGCAGCAAGACCUUGAUGAUGAGCUAGACGCUUUCCUGAACGAGAAGGAAUAA